GAGCAGUGCUGGCUGCUGGUGUGCGAACCGCACUGCUCAGCUCGGCUGCCGCCCGUCUUCUCCCCCACGUCCAGGCUGGCGGCGCUGUCUCUGGCAGGCGCCAUGGUCCCUGCCUUCCCCGGGCAGCUGGGGCUAUGGGGGGCUGCCUGCACUUCAGCCUGGGUCCCAGGGUGUGGUGCCAGGCGCCAGGGUUUCGGCCACCCAUGCUGGGACCCGAUGGGCCAGUGGGAGGCAGUGCCUCCUGGAAGAGGGAGCUUUUGCUUCUUUCCACAGAAACUGUGUCCUCUGCCUUCACAGGGUGUCCUGUGCCUGGACCGGAGUGGCUGUGCCCACUGGCACCGUGGCUGACGGAGGGGAGUCUUGCCAGACGCGCCUGUCCAGGUAACAGAGAAAAACUGAAGACUGCAGAACCUACCAUUCAUGAGGGAGCACCGGAAUACCACCAGGCAGCCCAAACCCAGGGCAGGGGAGGACUGGCAGCCCUGCAGGAAGAACAAUUGGGACCAGAAAGAGAGCCCUGGGAGGAGACGAGCCCGGGUAAAUUGAGUGCUGAACACAACAGCUCCGGCGCAGCCCCUGGCGUGGGGCCCAGGGAUGUACAGGAGCCAGCCCCGCUGGCAGUUGCUGUGCUUGACCUUAACUCAUGGGAGCCAGGUAAAGAACUCGUGAAUCUGAAGGAGGAAAAUGUCUUUAAAUGCAGUGAAUGUGGGAAGGUUUUUAACAAGAAACACCUUCUUGCUGGACAUGAGAGGAUUCACUCUGGAGUGAAGCCCUAUGAAUGCACAGAGUGUGGGAAAACCUUUAUUAAGAGCACUCAUCUUCUCCAGCACCACAUGAUCCACACGGGGGAGAGACCCUACGAGUGCAUGGAGUGUGGGAAGGCCUUCAACCGCAAGUCGUACCUCACGCAACACCAGCGCAUUCACAGUGGUGAGAAGCCUUACAAGUGCAGUGAGUGUGGAAAGGCCUUCACCCACCGCUCCAAUUUCGUCCUGCAUAAGAGGAGGCACACUGGAGAAAAAUCUUACGUGUGCAAAGAAUGUGGGCAAGUCUUCCGACAUAGGCCAGGAUACCUUCGACACCACAUCGUCCAUAGUGGCGAGACCCCCUACGAGUGCUUUGAGUGUGGCAAGGUUUUCAAACACAGGUCAUACCUCAUGUGGCACCAGCAGAGCCACACGGGAGAGAAGCCCUAUGAGUGCAGCGAGUGUGGGAAAGUCUUCUGUGAGAGCACAGCUCUCAUUCACCACUACGUCAUCCACACGGGGGAGAAGCCCUUUAAAUGCAGUGAAUGUGGGAAGGUUUUUAACAAGAAACGCCUCCUUGCUCGACAUGAGAGGAUUCACUCUGGAGUGAAGCCCUAUGAAUGCACAGAGUGUGGGAAAACCUUCAGCAAGAGCACUUACCUCCUCCAGCACCACAUGGUCCACACGGGGGAGAAGCCCUAUAAGUGCAUGGAGUGUGGGAAGGCCUUCAACCGCAAGUCACACCUCACGCAACACCAGCGCAUUCACAGUGGUGAGAAGCCUUACAAGUGCAGUGAGUGUGGAAAGGCCUUCACCCACCGCUCUACUUUUGUCUUGCAUAACAGGAGCCACACUGGAGAAAAACCCUUUGUGUGCAAAGAGUGUGGAAAAGCCUUCCGAGAUCGCCCAGGUUUCAUUCGACAUUAUAUCAUCCAUAGUGGUGAGAACCCCUAUGAGUGCUUCGAGUGUGGCAAGGUUUUCAAACACAGGUCAUACCUCAUGUGGCACCAGCAGAGCCACACGGGAGAGAAGCCCUAUGAGUGCAGCGAGUGUGGGAAAGUCUUCUGUGAGAGCGCAGCUCUCAUUCACCACUACGUCAUCCACACGGGGGAGAAGCCCUUUGAGUGCCUCGAGUGUGGGAAGGCCUUCAACCACAGGUCUUACCUCAAGAGGCACCAGCGGAUUCACACUGGGGAGAAGCCCUACGUGUGCGCUGAGUGCGGAAAGGCCUUCACCCACUGCUCCACGUUCAUCUUGCAUAAAAGGGCCCACACUGGAGAAAAGCCUUUUGAGUGUAAGGAGUGUGGGAAAGCCUUCAGCACUAGGAAAGACCUGAUUCGCCACUUCAGCAUCCACACUGGAGAGAAGCCGUAUGAGUGCACGGAGUGCGGGAAGGCCUUCAACCGCAGGUCAGGCCUCACGAGGCACCAGCGCAUCCAUAGCGGUGAGAAACCCUAUGAGUGCACGGAGUGCGGGAAAUCCUUCUGCUGGAGCACAAACCUGAUUCGGCACUCUGUCAUCCACACUGGGGAGAAGCCCUACGAGUGUGGUGAGUGUGGGAAGGCCUUCAGUCGAAGUUCAUCCCUCACUCAGCAUCAGAGGAUUCAUGGUGGGAGAAACCCUGUCAGGAUGACAGAUGUGGGAAAACCCUUCACAAGCAAGACGGCGUCAGUUGACCUCCAGGAACUCUUGUCGGGGAAGGACUUUUUGAAUGUAACCACUGAGGAAAGUCUUUCGCCAGAGGAAGCAUCUUACUCAGAAUCAGCUCAUUCAUACCAAAGAGAAACGUCUCAGUUUUCUUCACAAUAGAAAAUUUUCUGUUGCAGAAUGUCAGUUGCACCUGAAGACUCUGGAAAUUGACCUGGCCUGGAUCCUGUUCCACAUCCUGGAUUUCAUCAUGGAGACAUAAAAUGAUUAGCAUGUAGUUAGGACAACUGCCAGCUCUCUCUUUCUCUAGUUUCUCAGCAGUGUUAUCUCAGGAAAUACUUUUAAAGAGACUUAAAAGAGAAACUGAAACUAGAUCAGUUUCCUUCAGAAUUCCUUGCCAAGCCUGUGGCAUUUUGUCAUGGACCCAUUGUUUCUGCAGCAGGAGAAGAGAUUCACUUCAGAGUCAAGGACUGAGACUGUCUUGCACCUGUAGUUCUUGCUGCCCGGUGUCAGUAAGACAGGCGUGGCGGCAGGUCCGCAGACUUCAGAAUUUUGAUAUCUUCUUGUUCUAAAAUAGUGUCUGCCCCUCAGCAGCUUAAUUUGGGGGAGAAAUAUGAAGACCUAAACCACCAAAUACCUUUAUAUUUGAGGAGAUAAAUUACACGUACAAAUGAGCACGUCAAGACAGUUUGAUGCUUUGCUUUUUAGUGAACAAACCUUUUCUUUGUGUGCUUUUAGAGAGCUGAUGCUCAAUGUCCCUGGACCUGCUUCUGUCGCUCUGCUUGCUUGCCACAGCUGUGUGAUAAACCUCUUCAAUGGGGUCAGGUGGUUCUUUUCCUUUCCCUUACUGAACAUUGACGUAACACUCCCAGUCACUGUGAAUUUCCACCUAGUUUUGGAAACUCUUGUCUGUUUUUAUCCAAAAACGAUCUUUUAUUGUAUGUUGGUAGGAAUUGAGUUAUAAUUGGUGCACUGAGUCAGUGUCUGUACUGUGUUGAGCUUCCACUUCAUGAAGUUUUCUGUCUCUACAUUUAUUUAAGUUUGCUUGACUUAUUUUGCUACUGUUUUAUAAAUUUCA